AGUUGUUCUCGACAUUCUUCAAUCACGUCAUAAGACAGAGCCUUCUGAAAUGAUUGAUGAUCCGAAGAUCCAAUACCUGGGUAGUUCUUCUUCUGAUGCUGGAAGACCAAUAAAGACAAUAAUUUUCUCUCAGUGGACAAGCAUGUUGGAUUUGGUUGGCCAUGCACUGGACCAGUCUGAUAUAGAAUUCAGGAGGCUUUAUGGGAGGUUUCAAGAGAUAGGGCUGAGAUAACGGUAAUGGUGAUGUCACUAAAGGCUGGAAACCUUGGGUUGAAUAUGGUGUCUGCUUGUCAAGUUAUCCUUUUGGAUUUGUGGUGGAAUCCAGCUACAGAAGACCAGGCAAUUGAAAGAGCUCAUAGAAUUGGACAGACGCUGCCAGUUACAGUAUUUCGCCUAACUAUUAAAGACACGGUUGAAGAUCGGAUUUUGACUCUCCAGGACGAGAAGAGGAAAAUGGUUGCAUCUGCCUUUGGUGAAGAUCAAGUUGGUGCAUCUGCAACUCGGCUAACAGUGGAAGAUCUCAAUUACAUUUUCCUUGGCAGAACGUAAUAUUAUUCAACUGUCUUCACUUAUCAUAUUUUGAAUGUGUUAUUUUGGCAGAAAAAAAGAAGUCGAAAGCACAUUAGUCAUGUUGUCUUGAAAGUUAAUUAUAAUGGCUACACUUGAUGCUUA